AACAUAUUGAGCUUAGAUCCAGGGUCCCGAAAUUAGAACAAAAGCUAUCACAAAAUGACUUACAAAAUACAUUCAUUCCAAAAGAACAAUCUUUGGCUAAUAUCAGUGGUAUGGCCAAUGCCUCUCAUAGAAUGAAUUCUGAUGAUAUAUCUAAACCGAUUGAAAUUAAUUCCUAUAAUAUAUCUGAUAACAUUUCAAAUCCUGAUGUAUGUCAUGAGUCUUCAUCUCAAUAUUCUGCGCUACCUAUUCACAAAGAGAGUAAAUCAUUGGAAAAUAAGGUGGUCAAUGAAUUCUUGGGUUCAACAUAUAAAGAAAAGAGAGAAGAAACUUCGGGAACAAGAAUUUCCUCUAUAUUGGUUGAAGAAUUAUGUAGUAAAAAAGAUAGCCAAAUUGAGAUGCAAAAAUUUAUACAAGAAUUAUAUUUGGAACCUGUAUCAGAAGAAUCAAUUGAAGUCAUUAAAAAUAAAGAGCUGGAUAUAUCAGAUUACAAUGAAAAUGACAAAUAUAUUAUUAUCAAAUUGGCUCAUUUAUAUCAAAAAGCAAGGAAAGCUAAAAAGAAUAUUAUCUAUGCUAAGCAAGAAGUAAUUUUAAGCUGGUAUUAUUAUGCAGAAGAUGAUUUAGCAAAAAGUGAGGCAAGUGCAUCACCUAUAUCUCCAUCUAAUUCAACUCGUGAUCAUAUUUAUUUCCAUAAUAAAAUAUUAAAGCAAUAUCCUAAUUUAUGCCAAGAAGGUAGUGAUGGAAAUGACGAUUAUUAUGGAAUUACUGAUAAAUCAUUAUGUUCGCUAUGUAAGUUGGAUCAUAACGAUGAAAAUGGUAUAGAAGGCAGAUAUGAAAUUGGAUCUUAUAAUCUUAAAUGUGAACAGCGUGGAAUUGAAAUUGAGGUAACAGCAUGA